UAAAUAAAAAAACAAAAAAUUAAAACAAAAUAUGGUACACGUUCCAAAAUAAACAAAAAUUAAAAUUUACAAAUAAUUAUUAAAUGAUGGAGUUUUUGUUUUGAAAAAAGACUUUUAAGGAAAUCACGAAGAAACCGGUGUUCCAAAUCUCCAUUGCUAUAUUUUAUUAAGAUCAUUAAAAGAUAGAGGUUUAAUGGAGGAAGUAUAUAAUUGGGGAUUCACUUAUCUUUAUUUAAAUCUUAAGGGAUGUGAAUAUUUGAAGGAAAAACUCGGUAUUUCUGCUGAUAACGUUAUUCCUAAUACCUUUAAAGCAUCCAAAUAAAAUUACAUUUCCAGAGAAGAAGAAGAUGAAGAAGGUAGAGCCAAAAGAAGAUUCAACAAUCCCCGUGGAGGAGCUAGAGGUGAAGGUGGUAGAAGAGGAUACGGAUAAGGUGGAAGAAGAAGAGAAGGAGAAAAUUAAGGCGAAGAAUAAUAGUAAUAAGAAUAAUAGUAAGAAUAAACAGCUUAAUGAAUAUGACUUUUUUUUAUAGCAAAAAAAAAAUAAAAAAUUAUCUAAUUGCACAAAAUAUAUAUUUUUGAAAAAAUUCUAUUUGUGUAUGUAAUAUGUAGUUAUUUAAAUUUAUUUGAUAUUUUUUUUU